UCCAUUGAACGGAAAUGACGUCACUAAUUCAGAGUGUGUUUACUAUCAGAGGCUAAGCGCCAGAUGGAGGAGUGAAAUACUUUAAUACAUUUAUUUAGCAAAAGAAAGGAGCUUGGGGUAAAUGCAGAUGGGGGACUCCUCUGCAGCGCCGGGAACGUCGCUGAAUUAUGGCGGGCGUGGAGCUAAAGCGGCAUCCAGCCCCGCAGAGAACUACCAGCUGGCCCGGCGGCGCACCCUGCAGGUUGUGGUCAGCGCCCUGCUGACUGAGAGCGGCUUCGAGAGCGCGGAGAAGGCCGCUGUGGAGACGCUCACAGAGAUGAUGCAGAGCUACAUAACAGAAAUAGGUCGAUGUGCUAAAACCUACUGUGAACACACUGCGAGGAGCGUCCCGACGCUCUCGGACACCGUGGUGACUCUCAUCGAGAUGGGUUUCAAUGUUGACACCCUGCCUGUGUACGCCAAGCGGUCUCAGAGGAUGGUCAUUACGGCGCCUCCGGUUACCAAUGCUCCCGUUACGCCCAAGUCUCUGUCUGCCGGACAGAAACGGACUCAUCCGUCUCACAUUCCCUGCCACUUCCCAGAGUUCCCUGAUCCUCACACCUACAUCAAAACGCCUACGUUCAGGGAGCCUGUCUCAGACUACCAGGUGGUGAGAGAAAAGGCAGCCACCCAGAGGAGAGACGUGGAACGAGCCCUGACGCGUUUCAUGGCCAAAACCGGAGAAACUCAAAGCCUCUUCAAAGACGACGUCUCUGCGUUUCCAUUGAUCGCUGCGCGGCCCAGUGCCAUCCCGUACCUUAGCGCCCUCCUUCCCUCAGAGCUGGAACUGCAGAGUCUGGAGGAGACGGACUCCUCGGAGCAGGACGACCAGACGGACAGCGAGAACGCAGCCGGGAACGUUAUCAAUGACGAUCCGAGCGCCGAUAAAGAAAACUCCGUGCUUCCUCCCAGCGGAGUCGUUCCAUCAGCGAAGGUCAGCGAAGACAACGUGAUCGACAACCCGUACCUGCGGCCCGUCAAGAAACCCAAAGUGAGGAGGAAGAAGUGAGAGGACUCUAACGGACUCUGGUUUGGGGUUAAAAGCUGCUGUGGCGUCAGCAGCUGACGGACAUCUGCUGAAGAAAAAACUUUUCUGUUUGGUUUUUCUGACAGAACUCACUUUGUAUGGAACUUUGUAAGCGACUUCGCUGCGGAGUUUACUGCAGCCUGCACCCUUUUUGUACAUAUGACACAAAAAAAAGAUUAUUAUUAUUAUUUUUUUUAUUCAUUCUGACAUUAUCCAGUCUUUGGUGAGAAUCUCUGCAGCUGUUGUUAUGAUGGCGAAGAAUCAGUAAAAUCCGAGCACUCCAUGUGGGUCUGUGUGGUGAUGUACCUCCAUCCUUCAGCUUUAGAGUUAGUAAUACAAGCUCAGAUAGACCAGUCUGCUGCGGUACUUCACAAACUCUCUGUAGCUCGGCAACUGAGGAGAAAAGAGAAAAGUAAAAACCUAUGGAGUGGAUUUUUUUCCACAAUUGUUUCUUAGAACAUCUGCAAAAAGUACAAUCUGGAAUGGAACUUU